CUGUCUUGAAUUUGUCUGAUGAUCUGGAACAUUUUAAGUGUGAGAAACGUGCAAAUACAUAAAUAAAUAAGAAACCAGGAAGGGGCCAACGCUUUUCCCCCCACACUACUGUAUACCCGUGGUAAACCGUCAGGGGAACCCCGUGUCCAGGAAGGGAUUUAUUAUUUGACCUUAGCUCCGGCCGGAGCAGGGAGUCAGGGGAGGGGGCAGACCUGACAAGACAUCUCCGUCCUAGGUGUCAGGGCAGCCAGCAAGCGGCGCUUCAGUCCCAGUGUAGCUCUCGGAGCAGCCCCUCUCUUGUUGCGAAUGUCCACAGAGGAUCGAGUUACUCUACGCCCCAUCUUUAAGCCCCAGACAGUGCGCCGUUAGCCGCAGGACAACACGGGAUAUAACACGGGAUACCAGCCGCCGGGGUUUCGUGGACGCUCCACACUUAUGCCUUGAAAAAGGGAAGAAAUCUCAUUGAGAAGGAGCUCUAAACAUGAUAGAAACAAUGGAUACACAGCGUGCCUUGCAGGCGGUGGAGCGUCUCCAGGCCAAACUCAAGGAGCGGGGGGAGGUGCCCACCGAGGAGAAGCUCAGCCUGCUCAAAUCAGUGCUCCAGAGCCCCCUCUUCCACCAGAUCCUGGCCUUGCAGAAGUCAGUCCAGCAUCUCAAGGAGCAGGGGACUGUCCCUUCAACACAAGGGAGCGACCUCAGCGAUCACAGCACAGCAGCCAAGCCCAAUGGCAGCAAUGUUUCCUACACUGACCUCUCUGCAGCUGCACACAUCAAUGGCAAAACAGCAUCUGAAGAGUUUGAACACAUCAUCCACUCCAUGGCACAGGGGCGCUACGUAACACACGUGGAGCUCCAGAAGCCAGCGUCCGGAGGUCUCGGCUUCAGCGUGGUGGGCCUGAAGAGCGAGAACCGCGGAGAACUCGGCAUCUUCAUCCAGGAAAUUCAACCAGGAAGUAUCGCUCACUGUGAUGGGAAGCUCAAAGAAGCUGACCAGAUCUUGGCCAUCAAUGGCCAGCCCCUGGAUCAGACGGUGACCCACCAGCAGGCUAUAGGAAUCCUACAGUGUGCUUCAGAGAUGGUUCAACUCGUGGUGGCUAGAGGGCCAAUACCUCAGCUGGCCAGUCCUGUGGUGUCCCGCACGCCCUCUGCUGCCAGCACAGUAUCGGCCAACUCAAGUGCGUGGCAACAUGUUGAGACAAUUGAGUUGGUCAACGACGGCACCGGUCUUGGCUUCGGUAUCGUCGGAGGAAAGACCACUGGGGUCAUCGUCAAAACCAUACUUACCGGAGGCAUAGCCGAUCAGGAUGGCCGCCUGCGCAGUGGGGACCACAUCUUAAGAAUCGGAGACACUGACCUGUACGGCAUGGGCAGCGAGCAGGUGGCCCAGGUCCUCAGGCAGUGCGGCAACAGGGUGAAGCUGGUCGUUACCAGGGGUCCCGUGGAUGAGACUCCCUCCGCUGUCAUGCCCGUGGUGCUCCCCACUGUCAAUGAGCAGCAGGACUACGAGGAGGAAGAAGAUGCUGAAGCAUUUGAUGUGAGCCUUACCAAGAACACCCAAGGACUGGGAAUCACUAUUGCUGGCUAUGUUGGAGAUAAAAAUUCAGAGCCCUCAGGCAUUUUUGUUAAGAGUAUAACAAAAGACAGCGCUGUGGAUCAAGAUGGCCGUAUUCAUGUCGGAGACCAGAUAAUAGCUGUGGAUGGCGUAAACAUCCAGGGAUACACCAAUCAGCAGGCAGUGGAAGUGCUCAGACACACCGGACAGACAGUCCACCUUAAGCUGAUCAGGCGGGGCUUCAGGCCUGACGAGAUCCCUCCCGCGAUGGUCCCCAGCGUCACCAUCCUGCCCUCUUCCACCACCAUCCCCACCACCACCACCGUACUGAGGGAGCUGGAGCUGGAGAGGCAGAAGGCUGAGGAGCCUGCACAAGUCACCGCAGAUGAAAAGCAGCUCCAGACAAAGAGUGAAGGAUCUGAUGUCGGCCCGGCCGCGGAUCAGCUAACAAAAGACAAACAUGGUUUUGAAGAGGAAGAACUCAUGAAGAAGUGGCAGGAGAUUCUAGGUCCAAGUAAUGAAGUCAUAGUGGCUCAGGUGGAGAAGUUUACCGAGAAUAGUGGCUUGGGCAUUAGUCUAGAAGCCAACAGUGGACAUCAUUACAUCCGCUCUGUCCUUCCUGAGGGACCUGUCGGUCGCUGUGGCAAGCUGUUCAGUGGAGAUGAGCUGCUUGAGGUGAAUGGCAUUUCUCUGAUCGGUGAGACCCACAAAGAAGUGGUGAAAAUCUUGAAGGAGCUUCCGCUCUGCGUGUACAUGACGUGCUGCAGGCCUGCUCCUGACCUUCAAACUGACGUGGAUGCUGACCAGCCGCAACCAGAGGCUUUGUCCACAGCAUCUCAAUUAAAGAAUGAAAUAGACCUCAGCAGUGUGCUGGUCGCUGAAGGCUCGGAGAUGAACACAGUAGCAGCGACACAGGAUAAUGUGACUGAGGAAGGGAUAGGAUCUCCUUUGGCCAUGUGGGAGCUGGAGAUCCAGAAUAUCGAGCUUGAAAAGAGUGAAGGGGGAUUGGGAUUCAGCAUUUUGGAUUAUCAGGACCCACUGGACCCCGCCAAGACGGUGAUUGUGAUUCGCUCUCUGGUUCCCAACGGUGUCGCGGAGAAGGAUGGCAGGCUGUUGCCAGGAGACAGGCUCAUGUAUGUUAACGCCACCAACCUGGAGAACGCCAGCCUGGAGGAUGCUGUCCAGGCCCUUAAGGGAGCCAAACUUGGCAAAGUCCAGAUCGGAGUGGCCAAGCCGCUGCCUGGAAUAUGUGGAUAUUCCCAGUCUCCACACCCAUAUGGUGAGCAGGAAAUAACCUCAUCAUCCACCAUCCAUUCAUUUGACUUCAACAGUAUUUUGGUUGAAGAAGGAGAGGAAGAAGGACUGACUGAGGGAAUCCUUUACCGAGCAGAGCCGGCAUUGAUCGACACCAGCGACGCAGACCUGUGUGAUGAAAAGGUGUUGGAUCGUACUUACUCCGGGAUGGAGGACGACACUUUCCAGGCAUCCAUGAUCGCGCUCCACGGCAGCAGCUGCAGCACAGACCUGGAUUACCUGCACUCAUCCACACCUAAGCUGACAGCUCGCCUGAGCUUGUUGGAUGAGCAUCCCUGCUUUGGAACACCGGCCGGCCUCGCGGACAACACUCAAGUGUUCUCUCCGGAGGCAUUGGCCUCUUACAGUCCUACAAGUUUGCCGGCUUUUAAUGCCAUUCUCGGCGGUUCGGAUCAGUACCUGGCCCAGCCCCUGAACAAAGAGGAACCAGUGGAGUGCUCAAUCUCAUACAGCCCGUUUGCUGAAAUAGGGAGCAGGUGUAAUGUCCAGGAGGAACCUGCGGAGUCCCUUCGCUAUCAGGAGGAGCCUGUUAUCUCGUUUGGAGAUAUUGGAGACAUCAGAAUUUUGAUAAAGGACGAGGACACCGGUGCAAAAGAAUCGACAGAAGACGGCGACAAAGGAGUGCUGACCUCUGGGAGCAAUUUUGAAAGGACUAUCACAGUUGUCAAGGGCAACUCCAGCCUCGGGAUGACGGUAAGCGCCAUGAAAGACAGUUUGGGGAUGCUGAUCCGCAGCGUAAUCCACGGAGGCUCCAUCAGCCGCGAUGGACGUCUGGGGGUUGGUGAUCUCAUCUUGGCUAUAAACGGAGAGCCCACUGCCAACAUGACCAACGCCCAGGCUCGUGCCAUGCUCAGAAGACACUCUCUCAUUGCACCAGACAUGGGAUCUGCUUGUGCACCUGAGGACGAUCUGUGCCCGUUUUAUGUCAUCACAUACGUCCCAGCUGAGUAUCUGGAGGAGUACAAGGCGAGCCUAGAGCAAACUAAAGAUGAUGUCUACCCUGAAGCAGUUCCAGCCCCUUUGCCGCCUCCAAAAGAUGUUCCCAACCUCCCCGAGCGAGAAGACGGAGAAGGAGAGGAGAGCGCCUCGUACAGCAACUGGAACCAACCGAGAAAAGUGGAGCUUUUCCGAGAGCCGGGCAAGUCCCUGGGGAUCAGCAUCGUCGGAGGCAGAGGGAUGGGCAGCCGCCUGAGCAACGGAGAAGUGAUGAGGGGCAUUUUUAUCAAACACAUCCUGGAGGACAGUCCCGCCGGACAGAACGGCACCCUGAAAACCGGAGACAGGAUAGUAGAGGUGGACGGAGCCGACCUAAGGGAUGCUAGUCAUGAGGAGGCAGUGGAGGCCAUACGAAGGGCAGGCAACCCCGUGUGCUUCUUGGUACAGAGUAUAAUCCACAGGCCCCGGCCCGAGUCGAUAUAUAACCCAGCUCCAUCGCGAGCUGUAGAGAAACACACCUCUGCUUUCACAUGCGUGCCACAUCGCACAUGUCAGUCGUCGAUAACGGACUCCAGCGAGGAGAGGGCCGCCGCCGCGACGAGGGCCGCCAAGAACAAGGAGGGUGACAGUCACAGUAGACUUUACCUCCGCCUCUCCCCAACUAACCCUUUCACUCCUACCCCGUUUAAGCUGGCGAAGCGCGAAGUGGCGAGAGCGUCUCCCACCAGCGCCGUCCUCCCACUCCCGGUGGUGCCCCAUGUGGGAGAGACCGACGCAGACACGCUGAUAGAGAGCCCUGGCAGACCCGCUGAGGCAGCAGCUGAGGACAAGGAGGAGGAGGAGGAGCGGGGAGAGGAGGAGGUGGAGGAUGAGUUUGGAUACAGCUGGAAGAACAUAAGCCAGCGCUAUGGCAGCCUCCCAGGUGUGCUACACAUGAUCGAGCUGGAGAAAGGCAAGACGGGCCUGGGCCUCAGCCUGGCGGGGAACAGGGACCGCUCUCGCAUGAGUGUGUUCGUGGUGGGAAUAGAUCCCAGCGGGGCGGCCGGCAGGGACGGACGCAUGGUGGUGGGGGACGAGCUGCUGGAGAUUAACGGACAAGUCCUUUACGGCCACAGUCAUCAGAAUGCAUCCGCCAUAAUCAAGAGCUCUCCGUCCAAAGUUAAAAUCAUCUUUGUCAGGAACACGGAGGCGCUGGACCAGAUGGCUGUGGGACCGGUGAGGGAGCACGAGGGAGACGCGGCGGAGCCCCGCGCCGAGCCAGAAACAGACGCUGAUGCUAAUGGUGACGCUGAUGCCUCAAAGCACGUCCAUCACAUCGUGAAGAUGAAGGAGGAUGGAGGACUGGGCAUCACUUUUGUCGAGGGGAACACGGAGAAUGGAGUCGAGAUUCAAAGUAUAUCUGAAGUGAAAGGACACACUGGAAAAGAGGGCUGCAUGAAACCAGGGGACAAACUCUUAGCUGUGAACGGCGAAUCAGUGCUCGGAUACACAGCUGAAAAAGUCAGUUCUCUAUUGAGGAAAGCCAAAGGUCCAGUGAAGCUAACCUUCUCUUCAAAUGAGAUCCCCUCCUCCCUCUCCUCUCCCCAGUCCACCUGCCAGGACAGGAGCUGCUCAGAUGGAGUCCUCGCCGGCCUCCCCAGCAUGCCGAGCUCUCCCCCGACCUCCCUGAGUCAACCAGAGGCCGAAGCGGUCACAAGUCUGAGUCGCUCGUCCACUCCCUCCACUCUAACCUGCGACCCCACGACCUGUCCCAUCAUCCCCGGCUGUGAGACCACCAUCGACAUCUCCAAGGGCCGCACAGGCCUGGGCCUCAGCAUUGUGGGAGGCUGCGACACGCUGCUGGGGGCCAUCAUCAUCCAUGAAGUUUAUGAAGAAGGAGCGGCCUCCAAAGAUGGCCGACUGUGGGCAGGAGACCAAAUCCUUGAGGUGAACGGCAUAGACUUGCGAGCAGCCAGUCACGAUGAAGCCAUCAAUGUUCUGCGGCAGACCCCGCAGAGGGUUCGUCUGACGGUCUACAGGGACGAAGCCCAGUACAAAGAGGAGGACCUGUGGGACUCCUUCACCGUGGAGCUGCAUAAGAAGCCGGGCCAGGGCCUGGGUCUGAGCAUCGUAGGGAGGAGAUCGCGGGACCAAAGGAACGACACGGGGGUGUUCGUGUCUGAUAUUGUGAAGGGGGGUUUGGUGGAGACGGACGGUCGGCUGAUGCAGGGUGACCAGAUACUGUCGGUCAAUGGAGAAGACGUCAGGUCAGCCACUCAGGAGGCCGUGGCUGCGCUGCUUAAGUGCUGCGUGGGGCCUAUUAAGAUGGACGUGGGAAGGUUUAAGGCUGGCCCCUUCCACUCUGAGAGAAGACUUUCUCAAAGCAGUCAGAUGAGUGAAACCAGCAGCGCCAAGGUGGCCUAUCAGUCCGGCUCAGACUCUGGAACCCCUCCAGGUGACCCUGACAAGCCUAGCAGAAGUCAGGAAUACCCAGAGCACCAGGACACCAGGACGGUCGAGUUCACUAAAGGCCCCAGUGAUUCUCUUGGUAUCAGCAUAGCGGGCGGGGUGGGCAGCCCUCUGGGUGACAUACCCAUCUUUAUCGCCAUGAUGAAUCCCGUCGGCCUGGCCGCUCAGACCCAGAAGCUCAAGAUCGGGGACCGACUGGUCAGCAUAUGUGGAACCUCUGCUGAAGGCAUGAGCCACUCACAGGCCGUCACUCUGCUCAAGAACGCCACAGGAACCAUACAGCUGCAGGUGGUAGCAGGCGGCGACACCACCGUGACAGGUCCCUCUCAGGAGCAGGCAGGUGGGGGUCUUACGCCCAGCUGCAUCUUCCAGGAUGAUCUUGGCCCACCUCAGUAUAAGACCAUCACUUUGGACAGGGGACCAGAUGGACUUGGCUUCAGUAUUGUUGGAGGAUAUGGCAGCCCACAUGGAGACUUGCCAAUUUAUGUUAAAACAGUUUUUGGAAAGGGGGCAGCAGCGGAGGAUGGCCGUCUGAAGCGGGGGGACCAGAUCAUGGCUGUUAACGGGCAGACUCUGGAAGGUGUUACACAUGAAGAAGCUGUUGGUAUCCUGAAAAGGACCAAAGGAACUGUCACUCUCACCGUGCUGUCAUAAACAAACACAGGCAUAGGCACACGCACUACCCUCACAACAUUUUCACUCCACAUCUACACAGAUAAAAAAUAGCAAGUGUGGCGAUGUCAUGUCUAGCAGUGGGGCAACUCAACAAUAUUUGACAGCGAGGUGGAUUGUGUUCAUCUAUGAAGAUAUGAACACCACAUAAUGAUGAAGAAGCUCACUGCUCCAUGUAGCUUUGAACACUGUGAUCUGUAAAAGCCUACGACUAGUAGACUUCCAUAUGAUGAGCUCAUACAUAGCCAUACAGUUUUAAUCAGCUGACAUGUGAAUCUCAGAGAGGUUGUAAAUAGUAUUAGAAACAUUCCUUGACUCCGGAUUGAAUAAUUCACUGGACACUGUGGAUAGUAUUUGCCAUUACCUGCAUUGGCAUAAAUGGAUUGUUAUUUUUUACAACAGAGGAGAAACCUAUUUCAAGGUGUUUUUUAACAGUCUGAGGUUUCCUUACAGAAGUGACCUCCUCUAAAUUCAAAACAUGAAACAGCAUUAAAAUACCCAUAAAGCAAUUAGGACAUUAGCAGGAUUUAGCUAAUGGCUAUAUCAGCUCACAUCAGCAUUAUUCGGCUGUUGCGUUGAACUGCUGUUGGCAAUUCAUCAUAUAUUUAAUUUUUCUGAAAGGCCGUUGCUGCUGUAACUGGAGCUGAUCAACUUAUCAUGAAGUCACUGUUAUUUUAGAGUGUUUUCCAUAUUCUAAACGCACCAUUAUGUUAUUCUCUGAAGGGAAAGAUGUGAAGUCACUGAUUGAAGGGUGGUUUGAGUGUGUGUGUGUGUGUGUGUGAGAGAGAGAGAGAUCUAUUCACUGAAAUACACCGAUCAGCCACAACAUUAAAACCACUGACAGGUGAAAUGAAUAACAUUGACCGUCUUGUGACAAUUCAGGGUUCUGCUGA